AUGGUUCGUGGAUUCGCCGUGCUCGGUCUCACGACCCUCGUCGCCGCCCAGACAACGACCGUCGACAUUAUGCUCAUGGGCAGCGAGGCCAAGGCCGUGCACGCGUCCGUCGUCGCCGUCGAGGACGCGCUGACGACAUUUGCCAUGGACUGCGACGACCAGGACAGCUGCGGCCUGGUUCCCCGGACUAUCAUCCAGGGCGACGGCACCUUUAGCGCCCAGCUCAUCAUGUCGCCCGCAGACGGUUCCAUCAUCCAGGACAUUAGCUGCGACGCCGACCGAAAGGCAGACGUCCUCUCCUGCACCGUGAUGCAGAGCGGCCAAGUUGAUGGCACGACCCUCUCCACAAGCACGGAGGGCACAAUGGAGGGUCUCAGCGAACUGUACCAACCCGUGCCCGUGACGGGAGGUGUGGAGAAGUUGGGCACCGUCGAGGCGACGACCACCGCCACGAGCACCGCGACCGAGGAGACGACCGUCAUCGAGACGACCAUCGUCGAGACGCCGUCCCAGACAGGCAGCGAUGCGGAGGAGACACCCACGGAGACAGCUGACGGCGACAACGCCGGUUCUCAGCUGGGCCAGAGCACCCUCAUUGCUGGGCUGGCGGCUGUGGUCGGCGUGGCUGGCCUGCUGUAA